CUAAUUGUAUUGUAUUAUUCCAAUCCCCAACCCCCAUUGUUAUUCUCAUCUGCAGAUUACACGCUUUUGACCAUCUCUCGUUCUCUCUCUCUCACGCAGUUAAGCUCAGUUGUUCGAAUCGCAUCGGAAAAUCAAAUUGAACCUCGAUCGGGUGAGGUUUGUGUAGGAGAAAGAUGUGGGCAGCUUCGUGCCUAGCAUCAUGCUGCGCUGCCUGCGCAUGCGAUGCUUGCCGUACGGUUGUGUCGGGGAUCAGCAGGCGGUCGGCUCGUAUUGCGUACUGUGGUCUUUUUGCACUUUCGUUGAUUGUGUCAUGGAUUCUUCGAGAAGUUGCUGCACCCCUCAUGGAGAAGAUUCCCUGGAUCAAUCAUUUUCAUCAAACACCGGAUAGGGAGUGGUUUGAAACAGAUGCGGUACUGCGAGUGAGCUUGGGUAACUUCCUCUUUUUCACAAUACUAGCUAUUUUCAUGAUUGGUGUCAAGAACCAGAAGGACCCUCGUGAUAGUGUCCACCAUGGAGGUUGGAUGAUGAAAAUUAUUUGCUGGUGCGUUUUGGUGAUAUUGAUGUUCUUUGUUCCAAAUGGAAUCAUCAGCUUUUACGAGGCCACAUCAAAGUUUGGCUCAGGACUGUUCCUUCUUGUUCAAGUUGUGCUUCUCUUAGAUUUUGUUCAUGGAUGGAAUGACAAAUGGGUUGGAUAUGACGAGCAGUUUUGGUACAUGGCUUUGCUUGUUGUUUCACUUGUAUGCUACGUGGCGACCUUUUCAUUCUCUGGGCUUCUCUUCUAUCUCUUUACCCCAUCAGGACACGAUUGUGGGCUUAACACGUUCUUCAUUACUAUGGUUCUGAUUUUUGUUUUCGUUUUUGCUGUUAUCACAUUGCAUCCAUCGGUAAGUGGAAGCCUUUUGCCAGCUUCAGUUAUAUCUCUGUAUUGUAUGUACCUCUGCUACAGUGGGCUUGCCAGUGAACCGAGGGACUAUGAAUGCAACGGUCUUCACAAGCAUUCUAAAGCAGUUUCCACAAGCAGUCUUGGUCUUGGUCUUCUUACAACUGUGCUAUCAGUUGUAUACUCUGCUGUCCGUGCUGGUUCUUCCACCACUUUGCUUUCCCCUCCAAGCUCACCCCGAGCAGGUUCAGGAAAGCCGUUGCUGCCAUUGGACAAGGCUGAUGAGCACCACGAAGAGGAAGAAAAGUCAAAGUCGAGGGCAGUUACAUAUUCGUAUUCGUUCUUCCACUUAAUAUUCUCACUAGCUAGCAUGUACUCUGCAAUGCUCCUUACGGGAUGGUCAACUUCAGUGGGAGAGAGCGGGAAAUUGGUGGAUGUUGGAUGGGCUUCUGUUUGGGUUCGUAUUAUUACGAGUUGGGCAACUGCUGCUUUGUUUAUAUGGUCUCUCGUUGCCCCCAUCCUAUUCCCCGACAGGGAGUUCUGAUCUUCUCAUAUGUGCAGAUUUUAAUAUGUGUGCUGUUGUGAUAGACUUUGGUAUAAAUAAACUGGCUGAAUUCUUAAUGUUAUUGAAGGAUUCCCUGUCGACUUUUGCUUUUCUAUGUUGCUCGUAAAUAAAAUGUAAGUUUGGUUUGCUAUAACUU